GUCACGCAGCUGAGGCGGUGGAGGCGGUGGCGGCCAUUUUGGAGCAGGGCGCGGGGCCGGACGCAGCGGAGGGAGCGCGGAGCUCCCCCCCCUUCGCCGCCAUGGCAGCCCCGCUCGGUACCGGCGUCUUUACGGAGGAGACCGGGCAGGAGAAACAGGACGCCCAGAAGGACGGAGCCCUUUCCCCCGAGCGGGCCGAGGAGGCCAAGCUCAAGGCCAAAUAUCCCAACCUGGGCCACAGGCCCGGAGGCUCCGAUUUCCUCAUGAAGAGACUGCAGAAAGGGCAAAAAUACUUCGAUUCUGGCGACUACAACAUGGCCAAGGCCAAGAUGAAGAACAAGCAGCUGCCCAGCACGGGGCCUGACAAGAACCUGGUGACAGGAGACCACAUCCCCACGCCCCAGGACCUGCCCCAGAGGAAGUCCUCACUGGUCACCAGCAAGCUGGCAGGGUAGCUGCACUCCCAGCUGGGGGCUGCCCUCUUCUUGUCUCUUUUUUUUGGCUAAAUGGAUUGAACUUCACUGUACCAUAGGGGUGGGAGCACAGAAUCCACGUAGUUGUUUGAGUCUUUCCAGCAAACACGCCCCAGAGCUGAGUGGGGGCAGGCUUGGCUUGGCCCUUCCUCUCAGAGAGGCUUUGCCUUAAUUUUGCUGCUGUUUGGAACCAUCGUGGCUCACAGAGCCGCUGGAACUCUGCCUCCCUCCUGGCUGGGAGAGCCCCAGAGGAGCAGAGGGGGCUCGGGGGAGGCACCUGGAGGAGGGGAGAGGGCAGGGCUGAGGUGUGGGAAGGGAUUUCAGGGGUUGGGGUCCCAGAGACUGAGCCAGCUGGGCAGGAGAGUGAUCCCAGAUCUGGCAGGUGUGAUCCCAGAUCUGGUAGGUGUGAUCCCAGACUGGAAAAGAGUGAGCCCAGAUUUGGAAAUUGUGAUCUCAAAUCUGGAAAUUGUGAUCCCAAAUCUGGAAAUUGUGAUCCCAGAUCUGGCAGGUGUGAUCCCAGGUCUGGUAGGUGUGAUCCUAGAUCUGGAAAUGAGUGAUCCCAGAUCUCCCAGAGGGGAUCCCAGAGCUGGCAGGUGGGAUCCCAGAUCUCACAGAGGGGAUCCCAGAGCUGGCAGGUGGGAUCACAGGUCUCACAGAGGGGAUCCCAGACCUGGCAGGUGGGAUCCCAGAUCUCACAGAGGGGAUCCCAGAGCUGGCAGGUGGGAUCACAGGUCUCACAGGUGUGGUCCCAGCUCUGAAGGCAUCGUCAGGUGUGAGCUUUAGAGCUUCAAAGUGAUGAAAUUGGCCGAGAUGAAAAAAAAUUCCAGGGGGUUGUUGUUCGGCUGAGCUGCCUGGGAUUGUCCCUGGCUCAGCUCUCAGGGGACAACAUGUCCAGAGGGUUUGGGACAGGGGUUGGGCAGUGUUUGAAACAUCCUUGUGGUGCUUUGGGGGUAGAGCCCCACCUCAGCUGGAGGAGCUUGACCAGAGGGACACAACCAGAGGGGCCUGGCUGAGUGUGACCAGAGGGACACAGCCAGAGGGGCCUGAGUGUGACCAGAGGGACACAGCCAGAGGGGCCUGAGUGUGACCAGAGGGACACAGCCAGAGGAGCCUGACUGAGUGUGACCAGAGGGACACAACCAGAGG